AUGGCCAACCCGAACCCCUAUCCAACUUCCAUAUCUUCCCUUCAUUUUCCAUCGUCCUCCCAUCAAAGUAUCUCCCAAACACUCUCCGCACUCCGAAAAUCCACCCUCUCGAUAACCAAUAGACUCCGUUCCAUUGAAACAGAUUCAGCUUUCGCUCAGCAUGUCGCGCAACAUUAUGAGCUUCCACUGGUUGCCAAUGAAAGAUGCGGCAGCUGGUAUAUACCCACGGAGAGGAAGGCGGGAAGUGCGUAUUUUAAAAGUACCGAUGGCCACGAGGGACAGUGGAAUUUCAGUCUGCGGAGGUUGAAUUUACAUAUGUUGGAUAUUUUGAGGGAGAAUAGAGGUUGUGUGAUCGUAGAUUCAACAAGGAGAGGGAAAUCCAUACCAGAUGCACUGUGCAAGACAGUUCCAAUAUGGGCAGCAGUCAUGAAUAGGGCUCUUUUCCCUGACAGCAAAACAUAUCAUAAUGUACAAUUCCCACCGGACUUCCUUGGUGCUUCUGAGGAGUGGCAGAUCGAGAAAAGGAUAGAUCAAUUUGUUAUUUCAUUGAAAUCCCUCAAACUCAACCUGCAAGAAUUAAAAACACGACUCGGGAAGCCACUGAGACUUGCUUGGGCAACACGAGAGUAUUUUUGGCCAGAGUACUCCGAGGAAGAGAUGGAUGAUUUCCAUCUCAUGGUUCUAUGCUCCGUCUCGAAACGAGUCCACGGCGCGGAAAUGUCUGAGGGUGGCUAUAUCCAGGGAGCUGGAGAUGAUAGUGAGGCCUGGGCCUGUGGUCUUACGCCAAACAUCUUUUGGGACAAUAAACCUACAUUGUUUGCAACUGACGAGGGAGAUCUGCCAGAGCUAAUUAAACAAUUAGUUCAGAAACAUCAUCAGGAGAUGAAGGCAGAGGACGCAGUGCUUAUAAGGCCCACGAGUAAUGUUUAUAUCAGGAAAAGCCGCCAGCCAGAUGAGCAAGUGAAGGGCGAGCGGAAUUUAUUCAAUCUACAAAUUAUCUGUAAUAGGAAAGAAGAUGGACGUGCCGAUGGAUCUGAGUCUAAAUCUGCACCCGCAGAGGAUCCAAAAGUUUUGAACCUUGGUUGUCCUCCGGGGAAACUUGGGAGUCGACACCUACGAAAGGUUCUGGAUAAAGUUGAGCAGUUCGUCACUUCGCACUUGUCUCGCGAUUCCUCUCAGUCAAUAAUGGUAACUUGCGAGAAUGGCAAGGACUUAUCUGCUGGGACAAUCCUGACAAUAAUCUGUUUGUUCUACGAUAGAGAAGGGAACUAUAAAGGACCCCAGGAUAACGUUUCGAUUAACAAGGAAUAUAUCCGGCAACGCCUCGCGUGGAUAUUAUCGUCAAAGGAAGACGUGAAUCCUUCACGGUCAACGUUACAAUCAGUAAACUCAUAUCUCAUGAAUCGACCCUGA